UCUCCGCCCUUGUUCCCCAGCCUCUGCAACACCUGCCCUAACUCCGCCAUUCUCUCUCUCUCUCUCUCUCUCUCUAGAAUUCUCUCAUUCGUCUCUUUCUUCUCUAAGCUAUGUUCAGAAACGUUUCACCGUCAAGGAGGGGAAGAAGCUACCUCUCUUUCUCUCUCUAAACCAAAAACCUCGUUUCCUUUGCACUUCGCCCCUUGUUCAGACCAUCAACGAAAGAAAAAGCCUUUUGCUCUGCCCUUUGUAUCCUCCGCCGACGAACCGUUUCGACGAUGUCAAUGCCAUUCGAAUCGUCUGGUCUCUAGCUGCCGCAGGCGUUUCAGCUCUGCGGAGUGUUGGAGGGAGUUCCCCUUUUUUUUCGUUUCUUUGGACUUUGGUUCUGGGUUUUAUGGAAUCCUAGUCCUCUCUAUUUCGUCUCAUUUUCGGCUUUUUCAAAUUAUUUUUGCUUUCAUACUCAUUUCCUUGGCGGCUGUUUUCUGCAGAGAGAGAGAAAUAUAUAAUCUUUUUUUCCCUUAUUAUUAUUACUAUUAUUUUUUUUGUAUUUUCGUGUUGAUUAAGCUGCUUUGCAUUUCUCCGAUACUGAUUUUGCCAAACAUGUAGUCUUUAAGUUUUAUGUUGAAAGGUUUUGGGUUUUAAGAGAGCAAAUUCUUAGGGUUUUGGCAAUUGGAAAUUCGAAGCUAAUGUGAUAUUAGAAAGAAACUUCUUCAAAAAAAAAAAUCAAAUUUGGGGAUUUUCUAACAUCGCGAUGCCUGGGAACGAUCAUGGUUUCGUGGCAUGGGAAGAACACAUUUUGUGCCAUGAGCGUGGUAACCGCGUGGUUCACUAUUUUUUGAAGGAUUCAUCCGAGGAUUUGGUUCUUGCUGUUAUAGGGACUGAGAGGAGCAUUAGGCACAUGAUGUAUGUCGUUGCCGAAGAGUUUGUGCAGGCUUAUGGCCCCUUAGGAUCUGUCAAUGCCUGCACGAAAUGGCGAGCCAGAAGAGAAGUUGUGGAGUGGCUCACUUCCUUGGUCUCAAGGCGUUGUCCGGAAGAGCUCUCAAAUUCACCGACAAACGACUCAACAGUAGCUUUGUCAAUGUCUGGAUCCAGUGCUCAUCAAACCUUCUUGCCUGAUCAGAUGGUUUCAAGAAAAUUGAAAGUUCAAGAUUCAGAAAUUGAAUGGUCUGGUGUUGCUUGGAUCUGUGCCAAACAGCUAAAGCAUUACCCAGCUUUUUGUAGGAGUGAAACUACAAUUAAAGUCCAUUCUUUUGUAUUUAUAAUGGCAUUAGAUGAUCAUCAAUACCUUGGUUACUUGGAAGAUAUGUAUGAGGACAAGAAAGGGCAGAAAAAGGUUAAAGUGCGCUGGUUUCACCAUAAUCAGGAAGUCAAAGAUGUGCCUCAGCUAAAUCCACAUCCAAGUGAAGUUUUCAUCACAUCUCAUGUCCAAGUGAUCAGUGCAGAGUGUGUUGAUGGUCCUGCAACAGUUUUGACUCCUAAACAUUUUGAGAAAUGUGUGGCCCUUGUUGCACAUAAUUCAUCUUCGGGGAUUCAUAUGUGCUAUCGACAGUUCAAAAACAACAAGCUUAGACCCUUUACUCUUGCUAAAUUAAGAGGGUACUCGAAUCAAGGGAUUCUUGCCUCCCUAGAUGCUAAUGUUGUCCCCAAGCAUAAAGGCAAGUCCAGUAAGUUGGGUGGGGAAGAUGAGGAAGAAUUUGCACUUGAUGAUCCUGUGAGAGUGGGUUCUAAGAGGAACAGAAAUUACAAGGGAAAGCAAGGACUUGAAGAUGGGACUCUUGGUGUUAGAAGUUUUGCUUCUGGGAAUCAGGCAACAAAAGGUGAACCAACAUACCCAAAGUUGAAGCUUAGGUUACCAAGGAAACAAAUGGUCACCCAAGUUGUUGGAACCGAGUCCCAACUUCCAGUGUCUUUCAAGGUUGGUGACAGGAUAGAGCUGCUCUGUCAAGAUAGUGGCAUCCGAGGCUGCUGGUUUCAAUGUAAGAUCUUGAAGAAAUCUCAGAAGCAGCUGAAAGUUCGAUACAAUGAUGUGGAGGAUGCAGAAGGAUUGGGCAAUUUAGAGGAGUGGGUACCUGCAUCUAGAGUAGCGGCUCCUGAUAAACUGGGAAUGAGAUGCUCAGGCCGCCUGACAAUCCGGCCAUGCCCUCCCAAAGUUUUAACAGACUUUCCUGUUGAGAUUGGAGCACCUGUGGAUGCCUGGUGGUGUGAUGGUUGGUGGGAAGGUCUUAUCACUGGAGUUGGAAUUUCUGGACCUGAUACUGUGCAAGUUUAUUUUCCUAGUGAAAAGAGGUUUUUGACUUUCCAGAAAAAGGAUAUUAGGGCUUCCAAAGAUUGGGAUGGGAGCAGAUGGGUUGAUACAAAAACAAAGCCAGAAAUACUCCUACAUAUACCUCUAAAUGUCAGUUCCAGCACAAAGCUCUCAUCUGCUAGUGCAGUGAUGUGCGGGUCUGAGAUUCAUAAGACUUCUAAUCCUGAGGUUAUUGAUGGACGAGGAAAGGGAUUGCUUGAUUUAGCCAGCUCCAUUGAUCGUUUGAAGAUUGUGAUGGAUUCCACCAAUUCAGGAAUUCGUCCUUUUAUCAACAAUAAGUUUGAAGUUAACAAUCUUAGUGGCAAUAAGAAUGCUAAUGCAGGGAAUGGGGAUAAGUCAGGUUAGGAGGAAGAUCUUUGUCCAGUCAUCGAGAAACGUGAAGCGGCGGAAUCCGUUAAAGUUACCAUGUAACUCGGUGCUGGGUUGGGGGUCUUCUGUUUUGGCGAUAGACGUAGGUUUUCAUUGUUUUUGUAGAUAAAACACAGACGUUGGCAUAUGGGCAUUUGAAGGAUGGUGCCAAAGUUUUCCUAACCUCAAAAGAAUUGGCUGGUGUACAGGAAUAUAUAUCUGGUGGCUAGUAGAUUCGGGUGUUUUUGGGAUAGAAAAAACUAUCAAAUGUAAUCAUACUCGAUGUCAGGCUGGACAUGAGGAAAGUGUUCAUGCAUCCACAGGCGUUGCGGCAUUAGUUUAUAGUAUUUUCGUUUACAGAGUAUAGUUUUAUAGUUGGACAUGACUUCUUGAGUUUUAAUUGUAAAGCUUAGAAGUUCGUUUUUGGUUAAUUAAUAAAACUCUGGUUCUUUA